GCAAAUUUAGAAAACUUGAGGAUUUGCAGUAUGGCCACUUCAACUUUUAUGGCGAUGGCUAUUGUUGCAGUAUUUGCCAUUUCAGCUAUGGCUACUGCCGCUCCAACUCGGCCUUAUCGUGGCCGGAGAUUGGCUCAGUAUGCAACUCCGGCCACCCCAUCUUGGUCAACUCUUCCACCCACAGCUCCAUCAUCAUCUAUCUCUCCACCAUCUCCGUCAAUUAAUCCAGAAACUCCGGGCACUUCAGGGAUUCCGGCGACUCCAGCGGCCCCUUAUUGGCCACCUGUUCCGGCAACUCCAUCCGCCUCGCCAUCUUCGACAACUGUUCCGGGAAGGCCUUUUGCCUCUCCACCCUGGCCGACGGUUCCGCCUCCAACCCAACCGCCUUACUACGGCAGCGGCUACUAAACAACGUUAUGCAUCCCACCCGGCCUUAAAU